UUUGUUUAGUUAAUUUAAUUUUACAAAACAAUUUAUUUAUUAUAUAAUGGAUUGAAAAUAUUACUUAUUAAUAGUUGUUAUUAUUUUUGAACAAAAAUUUUCUGAAAUAUUAAAUUUUUUGUAUUCUCAAUAUACUUCUAAUAUGGCAACUAUAUCUUAUAAGCUGUGUGUCAAUUUGAAAAUGCGUUUGCUCCGAAAUUACCGGUGCUAAGUUGUGCAAAUUCAUAACUACUUACUAAUUAGAACAACACAAGUUUUAUAAAUCACAGCAUUGCUGGAAUUAAAAUGCAACGGGAUAUAAGAUUGCUUUAUAAAAACACUACACCACAAAAGAAAGUUGAACCAUCGAAUGACGACGAUGAUUUACUCAAUAAAAAGCGGAAGAAGCGAGUUAUAUCUAGCGACGAGGAUGAAAUACCAGAAAGUCCCAUAGCUAAAGGGAAAACUCAGGCAAAGAAAAAGCGUACAGAAGAUAAAUCACCGCAUAAUGCACAAGCACAAAACAAUAAUAAACCGUCACUGUCCAAACUAAAAAAUUCUCCUUCAAAGAAGCUAAAGGCAGUCGAUCCGAAUGCACUUUUCGGCGGUGAAACCUUACGUGUUGAGGCCAAAAAACCACCACCCCCGAAAAUAACAGCUGCAAUCGAAUUGGAAGACGAUGAAAUCAAUAAGAGCCUUAUGGAAUUGAACCUAGUUGAGAAUCCACCCACAGUAAACGAUAAAUUAAGUGAUAAUAAGCGGGAGUCGAGACGUUCAAAGUCAAAAACGCCACGGAAGAGUCCACGUAAAGAAAAACAAUCGCCAGAGAAACCGGAAAAAUCAAUAGAUGUGCCCACACCAAAGAAGGACAAACAAGAAAAAGAACAGACUGUUGCGGACUAAUGAUCCCAAAUACAUACAUAAUGAUAAAGUCUGCAAGAAAACAAGAAUUUGUAAGGGUUAGGAGGGAGGUUAGAAUAGAAAGCCUCAUAAAAUACAUA